GUCCGAGCCGCUGCUGUACCGGCGAGAUGGGUGACCUGCCGGAGCUCUCGGCGCCGCUGCAGCUGCCCCACCUGCCCGGUAUCGCCGCCGACGUGACCUUCUGUACCGAGCCAGGGCCGGCCAUCGCGCCGUCCGUGCUGCUCGCUGCUGACCUGCCGCUGCCGGAGCUGCCGCCGGCAGUCGAUGGCGGCAUGGAUCCGGCCGUGCCGCCGCCCCCGCCGCCACCGCCCCCGCCGGCGGUGGGCAGGUGACAGCGGCAGGACGGGAGGGGGAUGGGGCGGUGACCGCUCCGCCGCCGCCGCCGCCGCCGCCACCUCCGCCCCCGCCGCCGCCUCCACCGCCACCACCGGCGCCAGCAGCGACAGAGGCAUCGCCCGGCCCACCGGAGUCUACCUCAACACCCGAAAAGCCGAGUGUGGUGCCCGAUCUGGCCGGCUCUGCGUCCCGCUCGGACCUGAUGGAGGCGAUACGGCAGGCGGGCGGCCGCGGCCGGGCCAAGCUGCGCUCAGUGGCGGCCGCGCCGCCGCCGCGACGGACUGAGGAGACGGAGGCACCGCCCAGUGGGGACCUGAUGGCAGACCUGGCGGCCAAGCUCUCCAUUCGGCGAAAGGGUAUCUCUGGCGAGAAGGCCCGCCAGGACUGGGCGGAGGGCUCCGGCGGCGCCCUGGCCAGGGUAUCGGCCCUCAUACCGCCCCCGCCUCCCGGGCCGGGGGACGACGCCGGUGACGACCCGGCCGCUGUGGACCCCGACUGGAGCUGAGACUUUCGGCCGAGGAAGGUGUGAGGGGUUUGUGUCAGCGAUGGAGACUUGUACCGAGUGGAGAGUCAUUGAGGCCGGGCGCUGAAGGUGUCUACGUUUUGGUGUGAAAUAUGGAGACUCGUGUUACCGAGAGAUGCGUUGUGAGAGGGAGGGGUAUUCGCUGGCCAAAUGCGGACCAAUGUGCCUAUGCUUGGUGAGGAUAACGCAGGGUGAUAUUAUAUCAUGGCAGGCUGGAAAUUAUCCGGGAUCAAUGUUAUACUGAGCGUAUAGUCAAUUUGAAUUAAUGCAUGCAUUUGUAUCGUCGUUAUCAGAUGUAAGCACUGUGCAAUGUGCAUGUAUGUCCAAUGUAUUGAACUAUGUGCACAAGUAUUUUUUCUGCAUCGCUGAAUACCAUUAUCGACAAAUUAUCUUUGAUUUUUCACUCCGAUUGUUCGG